AUGGUGGCGAGCGUCCGGGUGCAGAAGCUGGUUCGCCGGUACAAGCUGGCGAUCGCCACGGCGCUGGCCAUCCUGCUCAUCCAGGGCCUGGUGGUGUGGAGUUUCAGCAGCCUGGAGGAGGACGAUCAGGGAGAGCAGAUUCAGCAAAGGAAGCCCCAGCUUCUUGAAAACAGUGAUGGGUCAAAGGAUUCAGAUAGCUCUGCAGGGCGGCGAGGCAGCUUGAACAGGAAGCACGAAAGGUGGAAGAAUCGUCUGGAUAAUCCUGGCGUGCUGGUUGCCAAAGUGGUGAGGGCGGUCACAGUGAAGCAGGAACUGAGCCUCCAGCUGCCAGUCUACUUGGAUGCGUCCAGUCGAAGGAACCAGACGCAGCUUAGAAGGGAUGCCCAACUGGCCAUGUUCCAGCACGGAGACACCGGCAGUGUGGAAGGGGCCCCGCAGCCUACGGAGAACAACUUCACUCCCAAGUGUGAAAUCACAGGCAAAGAUGCGCUGUCUGCAUUAGCCAGAGCUAGCAGUAAGCAGUGUCAGCAGGAGAUCGCCAAUGUGGUGUGCCUGCACCAAGCUGGAAACCUGAUGCCACGGUCAGUACCCCGGCAGUGCCAGCUCUCAGGGAAGGUUAGUCCUGUGAUCCAAUGGGAUGAGAGCAAAAUGGUCCGGGCCUCCAUGGACAAGCCAGUUCGAAUUGCAUACAUGCUUGUGGUUCAUGGGAGAGCCAUUCGCCAGCUGAAGCGCCUCAUAAAGGCUGUGUAUCACCAGCAGCAUUUCUUCUACAUACAUGUGGACAAGCGUUCUACGUACCUGAACCGUGAAGUGAUGGAGCUGGCCCAGCAUUAUCCUAACAUCCUGGUUACCCCCUGGCGCAUGGUCACGAUCUGGGGUGGGGCCAGCUUGCUGAAGAUGUACCUGCGCAGCAUGAAGGACCUGCUGGAGGUGACAGACUGGGCCUGGGACUAUUUCAUCAAUUUGAGUGCCACCGACUACCCUACCAGGACCAAUGAGGAGCUGGUGACAUUUCUAACAAAAUAUCGGGACAAGAAUUUUUUGAAGUCUCAUGGACGAGAUAAUGCUAGGUUCAUCAAGAAGCAGGGCCUAGACAGACUUUUCCAUGAAUGCGACUCGCAUAUGUGGCGACUGGGUGAACGGCAGAUCCCAGAGGGUAUCGUGGUAGAUGGUGGCUCAGAUUGGUUUGCCCUAACGCGCACUUUUGUGGAAUAUGUGGUGUACACCAGCGAUCAAUUGGUCUCCCAGCUGCAACAGUUCUACACAUACACACUUCUCCCAGCAGAGUCCUUUUUCCACACUGUCUUGGAGAACAGCCAUGCCUGUGAGACCUUGGUAGACAACAACCUCCGGGUGACAAACUGGAACCGCAAGCUGGGCUGCAAGUGCCAAUAUAAGCACAUUGUUGAUUGGUGCGGAUGUUCCCCAAAUGACUUCAAACCACAGGACUUCUUGAGACUGCAGCAACUCUCCAGACCUACAUUUUUUGCCAGGAAGUUUGAGUCAACCAUCAACCAGGAGGUGCUGGAAAUCUUGGACACUCAUCUCUAUGGUAACUACCCAGCUAACACGCCAGCCCUCAAGGCCUAUUGGGAGAGUGUCUAUGACCAUGUGGAUGGGCUGAGUGGGUUCAGCGACGUCAUCCUGACUGUGUACACAUCCUUCUCCAGGCUGGGGCUACAGAAAAUGAUCUCUGCAACAAUCCAGAAAAAAGACAGGCCAUGCAGGUUUGAGCCACAGGGUUUUCCAUCCAGUGUCCACUUGUAUUUUUAUGAUGACCAUUUCCAGGGCUACUUGGUGACUCAGGAAGUUCAGAAUUCUGCAACUCAACAGAUGGAGUCUCUAGAAAUAUGGAUGAUGCCCCGUGGGACUCUCAAAUUAGCCGCUAAUGGCAAGUCAGCCAACCGUUUGCAGAAUCUUGAGGUAGGUACUGAGUGGGACCCCAAAGAGAGGAUCUUCCGCAAUUUUGGUGGCCUGAUUGGGCCUUUCGACGAACCAGUGGCCAUGCAGAAAUGGGCACGGGGACCCAACCUCACGGCCACCGUCGUUUGGAUUGACCCCACCUACAUCAUCGCCACGUCCUAUGAUAUCACAGUAGAUGCAGAUGCAGAGUACACACAGUACAAACCGCCUCUCAGUCGGCCCCUUCGCCCAGGUGCUUGGACCAUCCGCCUUUUCCAUUUCUGGGAGCCCUUGGGAGAGAGCCAGUUCCUGGUGGUCCCCCAGACCUUCAAUCACAAGCAGCCUCUCCGGAAAGAUGAUGGCAAGUGGCUCCAUGCUGGCCCUCCCCGGAACGAGUACAUGGAGCAGAAUUUCCAGGGCCUGGCUGGGAUCCUGAACCUUCCCCGUUUGGAUGAAAUUGGGCAAGUUUCCCAGCAGCACGCACAGCUCUUUGGCCAUGCUCUAGAGAACUGGACAGACAGCAGCAUCAGCAGUUUCUGGUCGGUAGCUGGACUCUGUAUGACGAGCCCUUCCAGCUGCUCGCCCUUGGAGCUCUGUAACAAAACCUCCUGGAGCUCACUGUCCCCGGACCCCAAAUCAGAACUGGGGACCAUCAAGCCUGAUGGACGGCUAAGGUAGCAGGGGCAGCCGGCAGCACAUUCUUGGGAUCAAGGAAGCAUCCCCCAUGGAGGGCAUGGGGUGAGGGGGGGAUAUGGGCCCUCCUCUCUGCAGGGAAAACUCUUUAUAAGACUUCCGCCUGUGAAAAUGCACCAUUGUCACAUGGGACAAACACGGGGACAGAAACAUUUUGUCGUGGCAGGCUUAGUGGUGCAAAAAGUGGCAGAGCAGAAUUCCCCACCACCAUUCUCAGGAUUUGCUGGAAAGCAGCGAAGGCGAGGAAGAGGAGCAACAUAUUUAUAAAUCAGAGCAACAGAAACGUUCUUGACUGACAGAUUCGACCGUUAGCUUCCUGGCUC